ACUUCGUUUGUUGUACUUUGUAUGUAAACAAACAAAAAUCGCGCAAAAAGUCAGAGUCGCUGCUGGUACGGUGGGGCAAGGUGACGGAGUGAAGCUUACUUUCGUUCCUCGUGACCCAACCAGAAUGACUGUCUUGAAGGCCUCGCGUGCAGGAAGGCGGAGGGGGCGUUCCUCGUCAGCCACGCCUUCCGCGGCCGGUCUCAAAGCGGGGCCCACCAAAAGUUCUCGUGCGAGUAGCCAAUCGCGCAGUCGCGCUAAGCAAUCCCCGCCCCGGAAAUCUCACGUACAUCGUCUGAAGUCAAGUCGAGUCAAGACUUCCGUGUCAGGGGUCAGGAGGUCUACAAGGGCGAGAGGUCAUCAUAAGUUCAAGUUGAGAAAUAGAACAACCCUGGGUCAUCCACCAACCACAGAGAAACCCAGCCCCCGUCCAACGAGCGCCAGCUCACGCCCAAAGCUCCGCCGAACCCCGCCGUUCACCAGGCUGUCCUCACUGCCCGCCUCGUCUCACUAUUUUCUCCGGAGCUCAUCAUCGACGAAGACUGUGCCGCGGUCACCAGGCCGCCGUCGGAUAGCCUUCGCAGGUGACUUGACGCGGUACUCGCUCCGCUCUUUGACCGGGAAGAAGCGAGAACGAUCCUGGGACAGCAGCGCAUCUGACAGCCUUGUAAGCAGGCCUCCCGGUACUCGUGCACGGAGUAUCAGGUUAUCGAAUCGAGACUCAAGCCAACGCGAAGACACCGCCCACCCACAAGGAAAGAAACGCAAAAUGCUCCCCCAGCCACGGCCGCCACCGAACACGCCUUGCUCUAGUCCGGAGACGCCCACCACCCCGCCGAGUAAGAGGGCCCGUUCUUCGCCCGUGCUGAGAGCGAAAUCGACGGGUCGGAAGCCCCUGCCUCGUAGGGUGCCGGCGUCCCGCUCUGGAACCAAACGCCGGCGAUCGGGGCGCAACCAACCGAAGGAAAAUGACGGUCCUUCUGCCAAGAGACAUCGUCGAAAUGAUGACAUUCUGACAGAUCUGAAGAGUCGUCUGGACGCCAUUCGAGCUGCAUCCGGGAAACGCGAUAGAGUUGCCCUGCCAACCGUUCACAGACGUCGUCAGGGGGCGCCCCGUUCCUCGAAAAAUGCAGUGUCAGUCAUCGCCGUUGCCAGGAAACUCAAACGUCAGUUAGCUGAAGCCACGCCCACCAUCUGCGAUAUGAGUCUGCGCAAUGGUAAAAUCAAGCUGAACUAGUUUGAGUAAUUUGUACUCAUUGUAUGAUAUAGUCCUGUAUUAAUUUAUUGUGAUUAUAAUCGCAACAGAUAUACACAUCAUAAAAUAGUAUCCGAAAUGAGCUCAUCGGACUCUCAUAAUUCAUCACUAUUUCUAAUAUUGUUUGACAAACAUUAAGACAUUUCCCCUUUCUAAGAAAGAAUUAAACUAUACAUUUUUGUAUAUUAUUGUCUUACACGGAA